GCUAACUUCAGAUUGCUUUACAGCUGUGUGCCAGCUGAUAUAGAAAAGAGCGAAAAAGUCAAUAAAUGUGGUGCGCUUGUGCUCAAAGAUAACGUUAAGGCAGAUUUUAAAUUGGAUCAAUUGCGACAAUUUAAUUUCUUAAAAAAAUUGGAAUGGCCGUACAAAAUAUUGCUGUGAAACUAUGUGGAAUAUUACAAGCACAAUCAGAAGAAGAUGUAACAGCACGUGAAUGGCGAUUAAUAGGCCAAGAACAAGAUGGGUCACAGAUGUUGUCCUGGAUUUCAACUAAUAAGUAUGGCGAGGAAGUGUUAAACCUUGGAAUGUAUACAAACAAGACCAAGAACUUAGUUACUCUGCACACUUUUAAAGAGAAUUUGAAUAUAAUACAAGCAUCUGUCAAUAUCACUCGCAGCCUUUUGGUGUAUGUUGUUAAAGAAAUUCCAACUGAAGAAAAUGAUUUCAUGGAACCUCUUUAUUGCCCAUACUUGAUUUGUCUUUUGGAUCAAAACGACAAAACACCUGUGGAGGUUGAAGAAAAAUCAAAGAAGCAGAUCAUGGUUCAAUAUGUUCACGGCAAGAGUAACAAAUACAGUCCUGGAAUCAGGAAUGACCGUUUCCUGCUUUUUAAACAUCUAGAGUGUAUAAAGAUCUACAGAACACCAAUGUUUCUGAAUGAAUGUGAUGAUGGCUCAGAGAAGUGGGGCUUUGAUGGCAUCUACCCAGAACCUGAGACAAUAGUAAAAGUUUUCUCAUGGGCUCAAUGGGAUUGUGUUAAUCAGAUAUUGUAUUAUAUCCAUCAUCGUGCACCAACACAGAGUUUUGCUGAAGGUGAAGAAGUGAAGUCACCCACAGAAAUGACACCAACACUGUCAGCAUUACAAUUCCAUGCUGACUUACCACAUGAGACUGUUCUAAAUAUUCCGCUGAGCUUGCCUCACGUGCCGAGCACCAGCGAUGGUGCCGCUUGCGGUGCAUACGAAGACGACCCGGUGCCACUGCGCGUGCACGACUGCAGCAUCGACCUGCAGAUCCUGUGCGACCAGCGCGGCGUGCUCUGCAUCUGCCACCACUACCUCUAUAAGCCGCUAGACGAUUCCAUGACGUCACUAGUGUUGGAAGACAGCGCCGAUCUGAAGGAUUCCGGCGUGAACUUCGCGUAUUCUAUCACUCUGCUGCAGCACGGCUGCGUGGUCCACAGCGUGGUGCCUGACUUGCCGUGGGCUCGCGCCAAGUCUCUCCGGCCUUCCUACACAUUGUAUGGAGACAAUCAUCUAUUAGUGAAAAUACCAAUGCUGUUCACGCAUCUGAUCGACAUAAGCUUAUAUCAUGAGCCGUGUUGUCACGUCGUCAUACCCCUAGAGGAUAGCGAAGACGGGCCUAGCUUGGCCCCCUUAGUCGGAUGGGGGCCCCAUGUCAUGGUGGAUUUGAAGACCCUAGAUGUUAUCACAAUGACGGUACAAGAGAAGGACUUAGCCAACACCUUCAAGAGUGGCACUAUUCUGGAGAAUAAACUGGCGAUCAUGCACUACUUGGUCCUGCAUGAAGGCAACAUGGACUUAGCUGAGGAGUUGAUAUCGUGGAUGUGCGUGAGGCAGCGCGACGGGCUGGGCGCGUUCCAGCGCGUGAUGCAGGAGUACUUGGUUGGCGCGACGUACGCGCUCACGCGGCGCACGCUGCCUUCUACAGCGCUCGCGCUAAUGCCUUUGUUACCGCACUCGCUGCACGCCAGCUUCGCCGACGUUAAGGUGGGCGGCACCGUGGUGUCUGUGAGCCAGGAGCAACUAUGGGGCGGCGCGGCCGUAGUGCUGGCGCCUCGACAGCGCGUGCUGCAGUUCGCCGAGGACGUAUGGACGCGCGUGUGGCACGCCCUGCACGCGACGCGCCCCACGGCCCUGCACCCGCGCCACGUGCUCGACAAGCUGCGCGUCAGCCUGCACUGCUACCAGCCGGAGGCGCUGUCACGUUGCAGCACGCCCCUUUCGCCAGUGGGUGGGGCCGGGGCGGGAGUUUUAGGUGGAGCCCCAGCCCGCCGGCCUUCCGCCGUGGAGCUGCCCUUCUACGAGCUUGAUGUGUGUACCGCCAGCAAGCAGGAGCACGUCAUCGCCGCGGUGAGUCCACACACUAGCGCCGUCUCGUCGCAGCACGCCGCUAUAUCUAUGCCGCUCCUAUGAGCUCGGCGUCUAAAAACUAACGAACUGUUUUAUUUCAAAACUGAAGAGACCGCGUCCGGCUGAGAGAUCGCCCGAAUCCCGCUACGUCUACGGGAAAUCGCGUCCCGCGCGCGCCCGCAGCGUGUUCCGCAAACACCCGCGCGUUUUGCGAGCGCAAAUCGCGCGCUGAUAUCUGCUUUUGUUUUUAUCUACAAUUUCACAUUCUAUGCAAGUUGCGGUCCCGCAGUUGCGGCGGGCGCGGGAGAACAUCCAGUUAUCCAGUUACUCUAUGCCGACAUGAUACAUAUUUGCAAAGAUACAAGUCAUUAUAAUUUUGUCAAUUCAUUACACCACCUUUGUUGUACCUACGCACAGACAAAGGCUGCGUGACCUCAUCAUAUCUGACAGCACUUAUGGCCCACACCUGCUAGUCCGCGAAUGGUACAUCUUUCUUAUACGCUUUUUAAGUUAAUAAAAAAGAGGUGUUUUUAUUUUAAAUAAAAAGACUCUAGUAUUUUAAAGUGGUUGAGAAAAUACAUACUUAUUUUAAGCCGAAAGUUGUUCUAUAUUUAAAAAUAAAAAACAAGCAAGCGAGUGUCGUGGAACACUCGAUUAGAACAAAGUUAAAAAGACAGCUGACGAUUUUGUUGGAAAAAUCGUACACUUUUUUCGCCUAUUCCCCAUCCGCCAUGUUCUUACAGUCCGAAAUGGAACUACGUUCUACUAAAUACGGUUUCCUUCAGGCUAAUAACUCACGGAACGGGUUUUUUCUCGCACCCGCUGCGGUGGCCGCAGAACUGUUUUAUUUCAAAACUCACGAGACCGCAGUUUUCUGGGCGCAGCUUUAGCGGGUGCCGCAAACACCCUCGCGCCCGUUCUGUCUGAUGGGGUCUUCCAACGUCUAGGUGUUCUAUCUCUUUACCAAAUGCUCAAGAAUUUAUGUAAAAAAGGAAGUAAAUGCAGCAUCCAGUCAAACUUUAACAUCAACGUGAAGACCAUUUCAUGCAAUGGUAGCGUAAGCGCUCCUUCCUUCUGCUCCAAAGUCUCUGGGUUCGAACCCCGGUAGGAGCAUUUAUUUUUGUGUGAUAAGAAUGAAUGAAAUGUGGUUGUGUUCGAGCUGGUCCGAUGAAGAUUAAUGAAGAAGAAUAGGUGUUGGUCGAUAUGAAAUGAGGUAUUUGAGAAAAAAAAAAUGUACUCAGGUAACUCGUACAAGUUGUUUGCAUAGGUUCUAUUUAAUGUAUGUAAUUUAGUUUCCACAGUAUAAUCUCUGCUUCAUUUGGGACUAAAUAAUGGCUGUGAAUUAUCUGGCAUUUAGUAUUUUUAAUGCGGAUGCUGGCAAUGAAAAGGCCUUCUUUAUAAAGCAGUGGUUCGUAAGCUUUUAGUGACGCGAGACGAUUUGUCAAAAUUUCCGUCUUGCCACGGACCACCACUUACUAGGAUUU